AACAACAGCUGAGAGCGGAGGCGCCGGUGGCAAAGUGAACUCCGAGCGGUGAUUUCAGGACGCGUCGGAGCGAAACUGGUCAGCAGUCGGAACUACCGUCGAAUUGCCGAGUCGGCGCCCUGCCCAUUUUUCUACAGCAGAAACCUGUGAGGAUUCGCUGUUUCCCCCUCCGGGUGGCUGUCUGCAAUGUUUUGAUUGAAGGCAAGGCCACCACCGGGACCGAGUGAUUGUGUGACCAUGCAUGCGCGGAUCGAGAAUUCGUGAUUCGUAGAUCGAGAAAAAAUGUUAGGACGGACUUUGACCGCUGCGUCUGUGCGCUGGAUCUCCCAGAGAGGAUCACGAGAUCGGGGAGACUUUCAGAAUAUCUUGAAGUUUGUUGUGAAUGAAAACCAGAAGAUGAUCAAGAAUGCGAAGGCAAAGCAAGUCUUCUCAAACUUUCUUGUCAUGGACUUCGAGGCCACUUGUAAUCGUGCGGGACCGAAACCCUUCCCACAGGAAAUCAUCGAGUUUCCAGUCUUGAACUUGAGUGCAGAUACCUUCGAGGAAGUUUCGCGCUUUCACACUUACGUGCGACCCGACGUCCAUCCAGAACUCUCCGACUUCUGCACAGAGUUGACGGGAAUCAUGCAGAGCAUGGUGGAAGACCAGCCUAACUUAGAAGAAACACUCAAGCUGUUCGAGAAAUGGCUGGAGGACAAUGGGUUGAAUACGGAGAACUCUAUCCCGGUGACGUUCGGUAAUUGGGACUUGGCGACGGCUCUGAAACGACAAUGCUCAUAUCUGGGUAUCGACGUUCCACCCAUCUUGCAGCAGUGGAUAAAUAUCAAGUAUCCCAUCUUCUACUUCUGGCGCAGUUGGCCCCGAGGUUUGAGCCAUUGUUUGGAAAAGGCGGGGCUCGAAUUCCAGGGCCGCGCGCACUCCGGAAUCGACGACUGCACCAACAUCGCACAGCUGCUGAAAUAUCUAGGCGAGCGGAAUAUGAUUUUCAAACCGACGAAUAAGGGGAUGUCACCUAGCUGAAAUAAAUUGAGUUCACUCCAA